AUGCCAGCUCUAUCUCCGACAAUGACGGAGGGGAACAUCGCAAAGUGGGCGGUUAAGGAGGGGGAUUCGUUCGUGGCCGGCGACAUCCUGUUGGAGAUUGAGACGGACAAGGCGUCUAUGGACGUAGAAGCUCAGGACGAUGGAAUCAUGGCGAAAAUCUACCAGGCCGAUGGCGCUAAGGGCAUUAAAGUAGGCAUGCGGAUUGGUGUCCUCGCGGAUCCAGGCGACGACCUCAGCACCCUCGAGAUACCCGCCGAAGAGAACACAAGCUCUCCUGCACCAAAGGAGUCCAGGCCUGCGCCCGCAGAGCCCAAAUCCAACCCCUCGUCCAAAUCUGCGAGCUCAGAAUCCUCUCCUGCGCCUGCAAGGAAGUCUUCGGGUCCAGCAAAGAAGCAGACAUACCCACUUCUCCCCUCCGUCGAGCAUCUCAUGCAUGAGAACAAACUCGACCCCUCCACAAUCGACCGUAUGACACCCACAGGGCCCAACAACCGCCUUCUAAAAGGCGACGUCCUUGCAUACCUAGGAACGAUUCAGUCCGCCUACCCCGCGGAGCUCUCCAGCAAAAUAAACAAACUCUCUCACCUCGACCUCUCCAACAUCAAGCCGGCAGCGCCCGCCCCCAAGCCAGCAGCAGUAGAGAAGGCCGCUGCGCCAGUGCCAGAGCCACUCAAGAACCUGGAAGUCGCAGUACCGAUCUCCAUGAAGGCAGUCCUGGAAGUCCAGAAGCGAAUCCAGAGCACCCUCGGCGUCUUCAUGCCCCUUUCUACCUUCAUCGCUCGCGCCACUGAUGUCGCAAACGAGGACCUCCCCCGCCAGAAGGGCUACACUCCCUCCGCAGACGAGCUUUUCAACUCUAUUCUUGGGCUCGACAAAGUCUCUUCGGCUGGUGUCAGGGGCACAUUCACGCCUCAGAUAAGUACGGUGUCGUCUGCUGCUCCCCAGGCGAAGAUUGCCAAGAGCCCAGCGAAGAGCAACGAUAUCAUCGAUAUCUUAUCUGGCAAAAAGAGGGCCACUUCUCCGGUACUAAACGGCAGGCCGAUGCCAGGUCUCCCGGACACAGUCAACGUGUUCAGCCUUUCUGUGCCAAAGGGCGACGAGCAGAGAGCCCAAGUCUUCCUGGAUAGAGUGAAGACUGUUCUAGAAUCCGAGCCUGGGAGAUUGGUUUUGUGA